AUGUUUGAAAAAAACCUUUGGGAUGAAAACAAUCAACCCAACUCAACCAGCGAACCUCCAGAGAUUGAAUAUAUCUACGCACUGUCUUCUUCUAGUUUCUCCAGUAUGUCUCAAGUACCUUUACCUAAUCAACAAGCUCCCCCACCACCUCCACCCCCAAAUAACCAACCAAGGUCAACAGCCAGUUCAAUACCUGCUAUAUCAUACACGCCGACGGAUAUAACUAUUCCUCCCCACUUGUACGAUAAACUUCCCAAUCUCAAAGAAUAUAAAGCUCUCAAGGAAGCUGAAAAGAGGGUGGAUUUGCUCAUUGCUAGAAAAGCACUUGAUUUUCAAGCUAUACAACAAAAGACAAUUCAUCCAUUUGAAUAUAAACCAAGUACAGGAAUAUUAAGAGUAUUCAUAUUCAAUACAUGUGAUCACCAACCAUGGCAAAAUCAAUUACUACAACAACAAGGAAAACAAGUGCCAGAGAAUACUACACCGACCUGGACAUUGCACGUUGAAGGUAGAUUUAUCAAUGACGAUAAAUCCCAACAAGAAGAAACAAAUAAAUUGAAAUUUAGUGCUUUUUUGUCAGGCAUAUCAGUUGAUCUUUUGGAAAAUGAACAUUAUCCAAAUCUUCAGGAAUCUCAGGGUAAUGUUAUUGAAUGGAGAGACGAUACGACAAACAACGUAGGUAGAGAUCCAGCUGCCACAGUUGGGUUUGAUGGUAUGGAUAUUAAGAGAGAAGGAAAGUACAACAUCAAAGUAAAGAUAGCAUUGAUGGUGAAAAGCUUUACCUCGAAGCUAAGUGUCACUGAAGACUUGGCCGAAUUUAUGGGAAAGCUAGAGUGCACUCAACAAGAAGUGAUGUACACAAUUUGGCAAUAUGUAUUGAACAAGAAGCUUUUCGUCAAAACAGCAAAAUACAACCAUGUUCCAGCUGUUGAAGGCUUGGGCCCUACAAACCCUGGUGCCGAUAAAGAUCGCAGCUCAUAUGACGAUCUCACUUUAGCUGAAGCUGAUGAAGUUUUGUAUGAAUUGUUGAAAGUGCGUGAGUUCAGAUUCUCCGACUUGUACGGGUUGAUUCAGCCCCAUUUCAAACCAAGGGAACCAAUAAUUUUGGACUACGAAGUAGACACAAGAAGAUCUACCACUUUGGGUGACGUUGUUUUGGAUAUUCCCACCGAAUUACCCGUCAAUAUAUCCAAAGCCCAGCGAGAAUUAUUGGAAAUGAAUAAAUCCGCUCUUGAAAACUUAUCACACCAUGAUUCAGUGAUUGAAAAAUUGAAUCAAAAAAUCUCUUUGGCUAUUAUUGAAUUGAGAAAUGCCAAUUCGAGAGAAACAUUUUACAGUGAAUUGAGUAAAGAUCCCGUUAAAUUCAUUGAACAAUGGUUGGUGAGUCAAGCUGAAACUCUUAAAGCUUUGAAAAGUGAUGAAGGGUAUGAUGAAGAGAUUGUUAGAAGAGCUGAGUACUUUGAAAAUAAUGAAGAUUUGAUUAAAGAAAAAAUUGAUCUUUUAUUUGGAUCAAGCAGGUUUUAA